CAUUGACAUUUUCUCUCAUUUAACGAUCUGCGCUCACUUUAUUUUAUAUAUUUUAUGUUCUGUGACACCGUAUACCCGGUGAUGGAGGCCAAUGGAGAGAGGGCUUCCCUUGCGGCUAAGUUCCGGACUCCCCUGAGAGUGGGACAGCGGGAGUCAGGCCCAAAGUUGCACAGGGCACCUGUAGGAGUGCUGGAUGGUGGUCCACUCAGAAGCACAGCUGGUGCACGGAGAUAGGUCUGCAGACAGGAGGCGCCUGUGCGUGGUAUGUAAGCCCUUCUGGGAUUUAGAUGUUUACUGGGUAGUCGGUUCAAGCCAAGGUCAGGUACCAGGUGGGAAUCAGAGCAGACGUAGUCAGAUGGGAUAGCCGAGGUCAU